AUUUGAUCAUCUUUUUCACAAGUCUAAUCCCAAAACCUUAUUACAACAUGUCGGCUAAAACUCGCCGUUCGAAGGAUCUUGCGGCCACAAUCCUCAUGGCUAUCGUGAUCCUCGCAUCUCCGAUCACAAUCAACGCCGAAGAUUCUUCAGCCGAAGUUGACGUUAACUGCACACCUUGUCUCGAAAAUCCACCGCCUCCGCCACCUCCUUCUUGUACACCCGCGCCUCCUCCUCCGUCACCACCACCGCCUAAGAAGUCUCACUGCCCACCAUCGCUUCUGCCGCCGCCACCACCUCCACCUCCAUUUACUUACAUAUACGCGUAUCCGCCACCGCCGCCGGGAGACUUGUACCCUAUUGACGAUUACUUUGGAGCGGCUGCGGCAGGAAAAAGCUUGUCGGUGGUGAAGCUGGUCGUGUUUGGAGUUAUUGUUUUUAUGAUUCUUUUAUUAUGAUCACAAUUUAUUGAUUUGUUGUUUUUGAGCUCUUGUAUGGUUUCUUCGCAUUAAAGAAUUUUUUUUUUG